GGUUAUUGAAUCAUCCUAUGUUUAUUAAGAAUCGUCUAUAUCUCGCGGGUGAAUCCUAUGGAGGCAAACUUGCUCCCAUGAUUUCCAUGGAAAUAAUACGAGGAAACAAAGCACGACUUCAGCCACAAUUGUCCCUCCAAGGAUAUAUUAUUGCCAAUGGACUAACGGAUCCAAACAUUGAUUUUAAUGCAAGAAUUCCAUAUGCUCAUCGCAUGGCACUUAUAUCCGAUGAAUAUUUUGAGUCAGCAAAAAUUAACUGUGAUGGGAAAUAUCACAAUCGUGAUCCAAAUAAUAUGCUAUGUUUGUAUGCCCUUCAACGAAUACGAAAGUGUUUAAGACAUAUAAAACAAGUUCAGAUUUUGGAUCCAAUAUGUGAAAACAAAGCACAAAACCCAGAUGAUUUUGGAUGGGAUCAAACAUUUCCCAAGGACAAUUCAAUUGAACAUCUCGUCCUCCCAACAGAAGAAGAAGAACAGUGUCAAGUAACUUAAUUAAUCCUCUAUAUACCCGUAAACAU